GGGGCCGCGCUUCCGUCGCGGCGGCUGUGACGCGUGCGGUGGGCGCCGGGCUGUCCGGCGGGCGGGCGGGCGGUGGGAGAUGGCGGAGUACCUGGCCUCCAUCUUCGGCACCGAGAAGGACAAAGUCAACUGUUCAUUUUAUUUCAAAAUUGGAGCUUGUCGUCAUGGAGACAGAUGUUCUCGGUUGCACAACAAACCAACAUUUAGCCAGACCAUUGCCCUCUUGAACAUUUACCGUAACCCUCAAAACUCUUCCCAGUCUGCUGACGGUUUGCGCUGUGCAGUGAGCGAUGUUGAGAUGCAGGAACAUUAUGAUGAAUUCUUUGAGGAGGUCUUCACAGAAAUGGAAGAAAAAUACGGCGAGGUUGAAGAGAUGAAUGUUUGUGAUAACCUUGGAGACCAUCUAGUUGGAAACGUAUACGUAAAGUUUCGCCGUGAAGAAGAUGCAGAAAAGGCUGUGAUUGACCUGAACAAUCGCUGGUUUAAUGGACAGCCCAUUCAUGCUGAGCUUUCACCUGUGACCGACUUCAGAGAGGCCUGUUGCCGUCAAUAUGAAAUGGGGGAGUGUACACGAGGAGGUUUCUGCAACUUCAUGCAUUUGAAGCCCAUUUCUCGAGAGUUGAGACGCGAGUUGUAUGGGCGUCGUCGUAAAAAUCAAGGGCAUCAAGUGACCAACUUAGAACAAAGGAAUGAGUCUGUAAAACAACUGAAGUUAUGGUUCUGUCGGGCAUAUCUGUGGAUGAAUUCAGGACCUGGCAUAGAUCCAGGUCGAGGUCCCGUGAACGUCGGUCUAGAUCCAGAGAUCGUGGUCGUGGAGGUGGUGGUGGUGGAGGAGGAGGACGCGAACGCGACAGGAGGCGGUCAAGAGAUCGUGAAAGAUCCGGUCGAUUCUGAGCCAUGCCAUUUUUACUGUAUGUCUGCUAGAAAGUGUUGUAGUUUGACCAAACAAGUUCAUAAUGAGAUUUUUUUUAAAGAUGGGCUUCUGAAUAAAAAUUUGUAGUGAUACAGUAUUCUUUGUGUAACUUGUUUCUUGUGGGGGGAGUCUUUUUAACUGUCAUUCCUCUAUCUUGACAAAUACCUGGAUUAAUACUAUGCCUGAGGGAAAGGUGGUAAAUGUAUUGGAGGAGCGCCAGUUUUUUGGUUUUUUAUUUUUAUUUUUUAUUUGGGUAUGAUUUGAACUGUUGAUGAAAAUGUGUGUGUAUAUAAUAUAAAAUAUUAUAUACAUAGUAAAAAUAAUAUACUGCUUAAGAAACAGUUACAUAAGUUUCCCUUUUCUGCUAUGCUGUCUGCUUAUUUAGGUUAGUUUAGGCACAUUUAAAAGGAAGGCUGUGCGAAGUGCAUUUAUUUACCAAGUAGAUAUGCUUAGUUACAAAAAUGUAUGUUUGUUUGUUACCAGAAGUCUGUGCUCUGUCUAUCAAUGUGACUGUGGCAUUUACAAUAAAUCCAGUUUCUUGGUGUAAAAUCUAAAGCCUAUUUUCUAAGCGCUCUGGAGUAGUUGAGUUGCUACUCCUGGCAGUGACAGAGUUGAUAGUUCAGGGUUUUUUUUUUUUAUGAUUCUUGACUAAAUUCCUUGUCUUGGCUAGAAAGUUACCUAGUGCAGCGUGUGUUGGGGGGAAAAAACAACAAAAAAUGUUUUUAUCGCAGUGAUUCCUAACAGGCCAAGUGUGUUUCUUUCUUAAAAACUCAUGUUCCAUGCAACAGGAUACAUAGGAGCUAUUGAAGGAAAUAAAAGGUCCUAAAUACGAGGACCAAAUUGCUUAACAGACUGAUUUUUUUUCAUUCUAUGUUCUCCUAGCUGUUGUUUAACAAAAAGCAUUUCACUAGCCUUCGAAAUGAUAGCAAACUAUCAUGCUAGUGGAAAAUAUUUUUUUUCUAGCUUUAUUUUUCAUGAGGUCUGAAGUGUGAUAAAAAGAUAAUGGACAGAUGGCAGUUUCCUCAGAAAAAAGAAAAAAAAAGACUUCUUCCAUUGAAUUGCACAAUAGCUAUAUAUCAUAGGCUGUGUAUCCCUUAAGGAGUUAAAGCUGUAAUUGAAAUGUUGCUGAAACAUCUCUAGAGACUGUUUGUACAAUGGCUGACUUGCAGUUUAAAUUCAUUCAUGUCUGCUUUUGUUCAGUUUGCGACAUUGCAUGAAAAUUUGGUCAUAUUUCUGCAAGAUACACUUCACAUACAUGAAACUACCUAAUACAGCAUAGUUUUCCAAUGUGAGAGAAUUUACUAGUGCUUCUUUAACUCUCAGUCUAAUAACUUGCUAAGUGAUAGAUCUUGAUUACUAAAAAAAGAAAAAAAGAAAUAUAAAGGAUAUGGAAGUGUCAAAAGCAGCGUCUCUGUCACCAAAAUAAGUGCAAAACCAUUUUGCUCACAGAAACUUGGAGUUGGCAAACCAAAUGAUAAUGAAAAGUGGGCUUGUCUAAAUAUAUAUAUAUAUAUAUAUAUAUAUAUAUUUUACCUCUUGGAACUACAUUCUUGCACCAAUUCCAUUUGAAUUUAUUUUCUUUGUACUGGAUGGUUUAACCAAACAGAUUGUGGAAUUUAUUCUGCCAGUAACUUUUUAAAAGAAAUUCAUCUCUACAUGAAGGUUGCUUCACUGUUUACAUUCUGUUGCAGAUACGUAAAUCAAAUUAUCAUUUCUUUUUCACUGAAAGAAAUUGAACAGUGCCUAGAAUAGAUGGCUGAACUGAAACCUGUGGUAUUUUUGCUAGGUAUUAGGAAUUGAACGUUUCUAACGCAGUUCUUGUUUGCAGGAUAUUAAUCCAAUUCCAUUUCUUCUUCAGUGAGAUUUAGAAUUAUUAGUGAGCUAAUUUAAAUCUCAAGCUCAAAGAGGUGAGAAGAGCCAAUGUUUUUUUUAACACGGUAUCUAAUAUAAUGUCAUUCCUAUUUACAGAUGCUCAAGAUCUUUUUUAUAUGGAUUGUCAACAAAAACUAAUGUGCUCUAUAAACAAGUUAAUUUAAAUGUGUCCUUAUAAUAGCUUUCAUCUGUUUAUCUAAACACUGCUAAAUAGCAGGUGCUUUUUUUGUGUGAACAAAUAGCAGAAAACCAAUUUCUAACCCCCCUUUACUUUUUUUUUUUUAAUUAAGAAAGCAGUCUGAAAUUCCACCCAAUGCUUCCUUUUAUGGUCUGAUUGCUACCCAAAAAUUCACCACAUAACUGGAAUAUGUCAUAAAGAGCACUGAAAGCAAGAAAGCAAUGGAUUUAAUUGAAUACUUGGGGGGGGGGGGGGGAUACAACUUGUACAUUGAUUGAUUGUUACCUGAUAGCCUGGCUAGUGCCAGCAUUCAGCACAUAAACCAAGCUCGUGGGAAAGCUUCAGUUAGUACACAGCCUUACAGGUGAACCUACCAGUAAAAUUCAUCAAAUUUCAAACUUUAAACUGCACAAAUUUGGUUAACUAAAUGUGGUAGUCCAAACUGGAUUGGUUUGCCAAUACAAAGGUAGGAAAUCAUCCCACUUCCUUACUCUGUUGUUGACCCCGUUGUCUUAGAGUAAGAUUUCCCCUCUGCCCAAAAGGUACCUAUGUCAUACGGAUAAUUCAUUGUUGGCUCUUCUGUUAAACAGUGGAUCUUAAUUUAUGGAAUUUCUUUACCUCAAAUAAGUGACAGCAUACAGUAUUUUCUGAAGUCUGAGUCAAUUAGGUUGAAACUGUUAAUCCCAAAUGGCUUCCUCUUAUUUGUAUUUGGCUCUUAUUCUGUGAAAAUGCUGCUUGUCCAUGAAUAUGAUGUAUGUUGAGACUGUAAAACCAAAUGGAGAAAAUUUGUUCAAAAUAAAGCCUUUUUUAUAAGAA